AGUUGAAUUUGUUUUUUUUUAUUGGUUCAUGUAAUUUGAUUUGAUCCGGUUGUAUUUGAAGACAGGAUCGGUUGAAAGUAUUGGGAUUGGUUAGGGGAAAACAGAGGAUUUGAGUUUUCUUUUAGUUUCACUUUGUACUUUUGUUUUUGAUCGAUAAAAAGUUUUGAUUUUUGAUGUUAUUUCUAGGGAAAUCAGCUUGAGCGGUUGCAGUUUAUGUCUUUGUUAUUACAUAGACUCUGUCUGUUUGGCAAUAGAACUGUUAGAUGUUUUUUUCUGGGUUUAAGAAGGUUUUUGUCUAAGUUAGAUUGUAUAGAAAAGCUGCCUUUGGCCAUGUGUAAAUAGAACCUUAUCUCUAAUCAUUGAGAUUAGUUCAAGAUAUAUAUUCUCUACUAAUUGUUCUAGUUUUGGCGGCGUUCUGCCGUUUUAACUUAUUUUCCUAUGUACAAUCUCUAAGUACAAUGUCUAAUACUGCUUCUAUCCAACAGGAACAAGCUUUGUUUUGCAAAAAGAAAAUUCCAGAGAUGUCAAGUGGAACAGUGAGAAGGGUCUCGCGUCAAGACAUACAACUGGUUCAAAACCUUAUAGAACGAUGUCUUCAACUUUACAUGAACCAGAAAGAAGUUGUGGAAACUUUACUGGAGCAGGCUAAAAUCGAGCCUGGGUUCACAGAGCUAGUGUGGCAGAAGCUUGAAGAGAACCGUGAAUUUUUCAACGCGUACUAUCUGAGGCUCAUGGUGAAACACCAGAUCAUGGAAUUCAACAAGCUACUCGAGCAGCAGGUUCGCCAUAUGCAGCAGAUGCAUCCAAGUGCACUUACCUCCGUCCAGAAUACAAAUGGUUCUCACAUCCAAUCAAUGAAUCAGAAACAGUUGGGAUAUGUCUCUGAACACACUGAUCAUCAAUCAUUGAAGCCUAAUGCACAUCAUCCCAUGCCCUCGAGUUUGUCUAACGCAUACCUCAACGGCUCUUCAACGCUUAACACAAACGUGUCCCCUUCUGUGAACGUAUCAACCCACGCUAGGAGAGCUGACGCUUCUCCGAAUAUGAUCUCAUCACAACAGACCACAAACAUGCCGCCUAUGAUGCAAGGCAUGAAUGGAGGAGGAGGAGGGAUGAUCAAGUCCGAGACUGCCUAUCCUGCUUCGUUCAUGUAUGGUGGUGAACGGAACAAUGCCUUGGAAGGACACUCCACAGUUAGAGAAACCUCGAUUCCAUCUUUCAGUAACGAGUCCAACAACAACCAGCCCAUUGGUGAUACGCUACUUGAUGCGGAAGCUUCUACUUUUGGGUUCUUAGGAUCAAUUCCUAGGAACUUCAGCCUUUCUGAUUUGACUGCUGAUUUUUCGCAGAGCUCAGAGAUUCUGGAGAGCUAUGAUAAAUCACCAUUCCUUGCGCCAGAUGCUGAAAACUUCCUGGAGUCCUGUGACAGGGGAGAGUAUCAAGGAGACAACAAGAGAUUGGACACCAUAUCUGAAGGUUUCAGUUACGAUAACCUCGGGAGCGAGUAGUUAGGUAACAGCUAUGCAGGUUUUGCUUUCAUCACUUAUAACAUAGGAAACGUUUGUGUACAAAAAGAUAUUCAGGCGUUUGAUAUUUUGUUUUUGGCUUGCAAGGACUAUCAGGUGGGGGUGUAUAAAAAGGGAUUUAUUUUCAUUUCACAUUAUUUCUUUAGCUUUGAAGUUUGGUAGUAGUAAUAAGUGUUGAGAAGAUCGUAUGUAAUUCUCAGUGUGUGUUUUUCUUGUGUGUGUUUUAGUUUUGUUACUUGUUACUUGUUACUUGUUACUUGUUACAAUUGUUUAAUAGUACUUGAAAUUUGGUGGAAGCUAAAUGUAUUAGUUUUUUGAAGUUCA